GAUCCCUGCAGCCCGUUGAUGAAGACAUCGGUGUCCCUGCAGCCGUCCGCUCCAAUCCUUUCUUCCUCCACCAAAGACUGGUCUGUGUUACGCUUCCUUCUAAUGUUUCCAGUGUGGCGCGGCAUCGGCGCCAGCAGCAGCAUCAGCUGGAGCCAGGAGUGGAGCCGCUGCCUGAAGUGGGAGUUUGACAGCAGGGAUGGAGGCCCCAGAAUCCCCGUGUUUGACUACCCCAUUUGGUUCGUCUUCUGCCGUGGGGGGCGUGCCAGGAUCAGGGAGGUUUACCAGCGAGGGAGGGGGGCCAUCCGACUGCCCACCGACAUCUUUGACAUCCAUCAGGUGCCUAAGGUCUUCAGAGAAGAUGGUAUCAUAUCUGGAUAUCGUCACCCACGGAGCUCCGCCCUGGACUGCAUCCUCAGCAGCUUCCAGAUGAACAACGAGACCAUCAACAUCUGGACCCACUUCUUACCGACAUGGUACUUCCUGUGGCGUUUCUUCCUCCUCGGCUCCACCAUGGACUUCCUGAGCGACAGCUACGCCUGGCCGCUGCUGGUCUACAUGCUGCUCAUCUGCGUUUAUCCCUUCACCUCCUGCUGCGCUCACAUCUUCAGCACCAUGUCACCGGAGUCCCGCCACAUCUGCUACUUCUUCGACUAUGGAGCGCUCAGCCUCUACAGCCUCGGAUGCGCCAUCAGUUACGGAUUCUACGUGAUGCCGGACUGCUGGGUGAACAGCUGGAUCCAGCAGCAUUUCAUCCCCAUCGCCAUAGGGAACAGCCUGCUCUGCACCAGCAUGUCCUGCUACUCGCGGUUUGUGGAGCUGCAGUUCCCCCAGAGGAGCAAAGCCUUGAGAACGGGAGCGUUCGUCGUCCCCUUCCUGUUCGACACGGUUCCUCUGUUCUACAGGGUCCUUCUUUCCUGCUGGGGAAGCUGCAGCCUGGGUGAAGCCCUGUCCAACCACUGCUACCACCUCCUCUUCGCCUUCCUCACCUGCUUCCUGUUCACCGCACACCUCCCGGAGAGGCUGGCCCCCGGGCGCUUCGACUAUUUCGGCCACAGUCACCAGCUCUUCCACGUCAGCGCCGUGGUGGGAACUCACUUCCAGAUGGAGGGUGUCCUCGCCGACAUGUCGUCGCGGCGCCAGUGGCUGCAGACCCACGGCUUGGCGCCGUCCUUCCUUAGCACCUUCGGCGCCCUCGUCCUCAGCUUUGUCCUUAACCUGGGCAUCAUCGCCGUGUUCAGCGCGCUCCUGCUGUGGAAGCCCCGCCCCAGCUGCGGCCAGCAGCACGCCCCCACCUGCGGGUGCAAGGAGCAGUGAGGGCGGGGCUUCCCACAAAGCAGCUUCCUUACAUUCCAAAGGAGGUCCCGGCCGGCGGUGUUCCCGCUCCACAGACUGACGUUUCCCUGUGUUUGUGUCCGGUCAGAAGCCGAUGACCCGUCUGCGGGUCGAAGGACGCUGCUGCCGGGUUUGCAGAAACUCCGUCUCUCCUCACCCUUUAUAAUCUAAUGCAGAUUGGAUCUACGGCGCUCCAGCCCGGCGUUGAUUGUCAGACGCUUCCAUUUCUGAUUGCCUCCUUGUCAUGAUCUGCCCUCGGAGACGUCCAGCGAGGCGGUGAUUAAAGGACAGGCACCACUUUUUGAACACAGCGUUCCCCGUUCUUCUGAGCUCACACGGAAAUCUGCCAAAAGCUAAAAAAAAAAAAAAAAAAAAACCUGGCGUGGCGUUUCUGUCCAAAACUGUGAUUGACUUUUGAUAGAAGGCUGAAUAACUUCAGACCUUUCUGUGGUGCUUCGGGUCUCUAACCAACAUUAACAACUCAUUUCUACGUUUACAUUUCACAAUAAAAGAAGUCAGACAUUUUAUAUUUAUUGCUGCUUCUAAAUAACUCAGUGAAAAUCUCACAAACUCAUCCUAAAAGCUAUUUUUGAUCAUAAUUAAAAUCUUUAAAAAAAAAGGGGGGAAAGCAAAAUAUUUACUUUAAAACUUUAAAUUCAAGUCAAAGUGUUUGGGGAAAAACUUGGGAAUUUUAAUUUAAAUGUAGAUCAUUUAAAUUCAGAUGAACCUUCACUUGUGUUUGGUGAAAGCUCAAUAUCAAAGUGGCUCCAUUGGAUGCCGUUGUCACUUUUUCAGGCCAGUGACAGAAAAACGUCGGUGUUUGAGGUUCGUACCAAACACAAACUGUUCCAAACGGCACAAAACGGUCUCAGUAACCAGCUGCUAACACACACUAACUAGCUCUCCACAGCCGGUCAGGACGGAGGUUUGCUCGGAGGGAAAAGCAGGUGGUCUGGUGGGAAUGGAGCUUUGGAAAGUGUAGAAUCCCAGGGGAACUUUCCUUUAGCAGCAUUUGCCUUCACUUGCUCCAGAGUCUCUUGGUUUCUGAGCAGAAUUUUCACCAAAAUAUCCAAACAAAAAGAAUCCUGACACUGAAUCGUGGAAAGACCUGUGGUAAUCUGUGGAUUUGACGGCGUUUGGAGAUGUGUCCGAGGGAAGGCGGGAGGUUGGAAAAACAUGUUGUGCCUUUUUUAUGGUGUUUUUUUUUACAACUUGUCUCUGAUUUAAUGUUAAAAGAAACUCUACAAACAUAUAUCUGAUCUUUGUGUAAAUUGUAAUUUGCUUUAAAAGGCUUGUGUAAUUAAACUGAAGCUUUUAUCAAUGCA